UUAGAGAGAAGAAGGGAGAGGGGGAAGAGAGGAAAGUGGUGAUAGUGCUAGCCGGGAGGAAGGAAGAAUAAAAGAGGGCGGAGGGACGGAGGAGGAGAGAGGCUGUGUCAGGAUUUUGCAUGAAUGUGGGAUUAUGUUGUGUCAAUAAGUUUAAGGUGGAGAGAGCGAGCGAGGCGGGGGAGGGGGGGAGAGAGGAAGGCCUUGGCAGUUUAAAGUCCUGUUUCUGAAGGUCACUAUCACAUGACAAAGGGUUGGAGACAGCUUCAUUUUCCUCUGCCUGUUAAUUUCCAUUUGCCUUUCUGGGAGGCGAAAUUAAGGAUGGGUAGACAGGCUCUGCGAAUCUGAUGAGGUGAUGGUCACAGUAAUGAAAGGCAGCAAUAGGAAUAAAGACCAUUCAACAGACGGAGAGGGGACUGGAAAACGACCAAAGAGAAAGUGUCUUCAGUGGCAUCCACUGCUUGCAAAGAAAAUCCUUGACUUUUCCGAAGAGGAGGAGGAAGAAGAGGACGAAGAAGAUAUUGAUAAGGUGCAUCUUCUUGGUGCUGAUGGUCUAGAGCAUGAUGCUGAUGAAACAGAAGAUGAGGAAUCUUCAGAGCAGCGAGCUCGCAGGCCGAUGAAUGCAUUCCUUCUGUUCUGCAAGCGACACCGUUCCCUUGUACGGCAAGAACACCCCCGUCUGGACAAUCGUGGUGCUACCAAAAUACUGGCAGACUGGUGGUCUGUUCUAGACCCUAAAGAAAAACAAAAAUACACCGAUAUGGCCAAGGAGUACAAGGAUGCCUUUAUGAAAGCAAAUCCUGGCUAUAAGUGGUGCCCACCUAUAAACAAACCUGUGAAAACUCAGUCAUCCACUGUUACUAACCGGAAAAAGCUGUGGGCUUUUCCAUCAGAACCAGCAAAGGAUUUGCCAAGUCCAACAAAGUUGGUGAAGACUGAAGAAAUGCCUCAGCUGAACUUUGCAAUGGCAGAUCCUACUCAAAUGGGAGGCCUCAGUAUGCUGCUGUUAGCAGGAGAACAUGCCUUGACUGCACAAGAGGUUUCUUCAAGUACAUGCCAUUCUGAUGCAUCAAACUCUACCAAAGGCUGUCUGAAGUCACCAUUGUUUCAGUUUGCUGAGAUCUCUUCAAGUCCAUCACAACUAGACGUCCCUUCAGAUGUAAAAGAAAAUGAGGAUUCGGCACUAUUAACAUUUUCUGGGUUGAUGAACCCUGAACCUGUAAAGCACUGUAGGAAGUCAGCACUCUUCCAGCUGGCAGAGAUUUCAUCAAGUACAUCCCAUUCAGGUCCUUCUGAAUUAACAAAGCAGUGUGGGACAUCGGCAUUGUUUCAGUUGGCAGAGAUGUGCCUUGCAUCAGAGGAAGUAAAAGUACGGGAACCUGGAAAAGCAAAACUAGAAGCUUCCAAUAUUAUCAAAGCAUUGGAAGAAACUGAGGAGAUGAAAGUUGAAGAGCCAGAGAAGGCAAAAGUAAAAACUGAAAAAUCUCAGAAAGCAAGGGCCCAAGAACUUGAAAAGAUAAAGCCUGGAGUGUUAGAGAAAGUGGCAGUAUGUAGUCACCUUGCAGAUGCUGCUUCGGACAGUACAGCGUUAAGUGGCCCUAAUAGCACAAAGGUAGAGGACCUUGUAUGCCAUUCCCAUGAGCUGACAAUGGCCAACAUCAGCACCUUAGGUUUAAUUAAGCCUGAGAAGUUAAAAAAGAAGAAGAAGAAAAAUAAACUUGAUCGGCAAACUCUUGAAAAAUGUACCCCUAAGAAGACUUGCAAAAAGAGGCAGUCUUCGGAAUCAGAUAUUGAGAGUGUAAUUUAUACCAUUGAAGCAGUUGCAAAAGGGGACUGGGGGGCAGAGAAGCUUCUGGAAGUGCCCUGCAAGAAAAUUCGCCCUUCCUCAACCAUGAAGGGGAAUUUCUUCGACAUAAAGUCACCAAAGAAAAAAGUGAAGUCAAAAGACAAAAGAGCGCUAAAGGAAAAAUGCUUAGAGACCACCAAAGAAUCAAAGCCGCCUGAUUUUUUUGACAUUACAGAUCACAAGGAGUUUCAGUGUGAGGUUCCUGAAAGCAUAAAAUCAGAACCACUGACCCCAGCAGAGGAGGUGAUACUGCCAAGUUUGCCAGAGCAGAUCAAAAUGGAAGACAGUGACUGUAGCAAAAAAUCAGAGACCUGUGGCUCAAGAAAAUCUGAGAGAACUUGCAAAGGUGCUCUCUACAAAACUCUGGUGUCAGAGGGCAUGCUCACAUCCCUGCGUGCCAAUGUUGACAGAGGGAAACGAAGCUCAGGAAAAGGUGGCAACUCUGAUCAUGAAGGAUGCUGGAAUGAAGAAAAUUGGACAUUUUCUCCAGGUGGAACAAGUGGAAACAAGAAGCUUAAAAAACCUAAGCCAAAAGAAGAAACUGUUUUGGGCUUAGCAAAGCUAGAAGAGGAAUUCGAAAAAAAAUUCAACAGCCUUCCUCAAUAUAGCCCUGUCACAUUUGACCGGAAAAGUGCAUCUGUACCAAGAAAAAAGAAGAAGGUUGGGAGCUGCUCAGCAGAUCAUCCAAAAUCUAGCAAAGAGUUGGGAGUUUUGCAAGAACCUUUGGUUGGCAGCCAGAAGAGAAAAGCAAGGAAAUCCAAGAUCACUCAUCUGGUUCGGACUGCAGAUGGCAGAGUCUCACCAGCAGGGGGAGUUUUAGAAGAGAAACCAAAGGUACAACUGCGGGGUGGUCUUCAGAAGACAUCAAGUACAGGGACAGAUGGCAACAAAGAAUCCUUGCAAAACACUGGAUCAGAAGAUGGUCAUAGUAUUACACCAGACAUACCAUCAGUAUCUGCAUUCUUUAGCCUAGCUGCUCUUGCAGAGGUAGCGGCAAUGGAAAAUGCACACAGGACCCCAAGGACGGCACCUCUCCCACAUGAUGGACAGCCAAAAGAAUUGUCUCAGGCUCCAGUGCUUGUUUCCUGUGCUGACCAGUGAAGCUCUACCCUAUUGUAAAAGUUGCGCUUUACCUAAUAUCCUAGCCUUGUCUUUACCAAUGGAUGCUAGUCAGUCCAUGUGAUGGAGGAACCCAUAGACUGAAAAUGAGUGGUUUGUGUUCAGUAUGGCACAGAUUUCACUUAAAGCCUGGGCCAGUGCUCCCCAUGUUUGGGGCCCCAAAUCUACUAUAAGAGCGAUGUUAUUUCUCUGUUAAGGAACAGAAAUGAAAAGAUCCUGGAGCUUUGCUUUCUACUGAAGGUUUUUAAAAUGGUAUAUGCAUAGUUACAUGGAGGAGGCAAACUUACCUGUUGCUCAUAUAGUAUCUGUUUUGCCAACCAGAGUAUGGAAAGUAGUUUCAUAUAAUAACUAGCUACUCUAAACAAACAAAAAGCAAAAGAGGAGAAAAAAACUGUCGCACUGCACUAGUUAGUAGAUAUUCUUAGUCCUUUUUGUACAUGAUUUAAGUUCUGAAGAUGGUUUAUAUUAUAGGUUAUGCCUACAUUUAUAUUUUAGAGUGAAUUUAAGGACCUUUGGGAGAAUCCAAGAAAGUGUGGGCAGGUGUACCAUUGUUAGCAGUGUAUGCAUGGCCAUAUGGUCCAAAUGUUCUGCACUUUUGUAAUUGCCACCAGGGUGGUAGAGUUUAUUGGCAAAAAAAAUGUUGACAGGCUGUAUUUUGUUUUUGUUUUUUUGUUUUUUAAUUAAGCAUAGAAUAAUGAGGAUGAUUAGCAAUCGGAGCAAAGGUUUGGCAUAUUGAUAAGAACAAUACUGCAGAUUACGGAUUUGUCUUUCAUUCCUUGAAUGGCUCAUUUAUAUUUGGAUGGAGGUCUAAAAUGACUAAAGCAGUGAAACAGAAAGAAAAUACUAUAAAUACAUAGUUCAGAAGUGACCUUAGUAUUACUUCACUCUUUCAAAAAUCUUUUCAAUUGACAUGCAUACUGAUGUACAUAUUUUACAGACACUGGAAUUGUCAUAAUACUAUGCACAGUUUAAAUUGGCUUCAUAGGCUGUAUGAAGUGCCAAUGUUUGUAUGGAAUAGUAAAGUGCUGAGUGUUGUGUAAGUAA